UGGCGCGAAUGGCAUUCAGUUGUGAAAACAAGAAGCUGCGCAGAAAGCAAAGCAAGUGUUUAGGAAAACUCGGUGAAAAUCUCUUGAAAAUGUCUCUUAUUCCGCAUCAGUUCUACGAUUUCGAAAGGCCGUUCCGGAUGAUGGAGCGUGAUUUCUUCCGACCAGACGACUUCUUUGGACCGUUCCACCAGAUGGUUCCUCAGGACUUCUUCGCUCCACAGUUCUUCAAACCUUGGGAUAACGUCUUCAGGCGGUGGGAGAACUACUUCAGACCUAUGGAAGACUUGACCGCGGCAAUGCAACACAUGGCUCUCAAAGAAAUGGGCACCAAGGUCAGCAGUGAUGAUGAGAAAUUCCAAAUCAACGUGGACGUACAACAUUUUGCGCCUGAAGAGAUCAAUGUUAAGGUCUUAGACAAGCAUGUGGUGGUGGAAGGAAAACACGAAGAGAGGCCAGACCAACACGGUUACAUUUCCCGGCAGUUCAUCAGAAGAUACGCACUCCCAGAAGGAUGUCUACCAGAUACCGUGGAAUCGAAGCUAUCUUCUGAUGGAGUUUUGACUGUGACCGCUCCAAAGAUCCUGCCGUUGCCUUCAACUGGUGAGAAGAUCAUUCCCAUAACUCACACUGGACCCGUGAAGAAGCAGCUAGGAGGUUCAGAGCCGGUGCAACAGAUUGAAUCCAAAUGAAUUGAGUGGCAUAGUGCUUUUCGUUUCUUUUAUUUGUAAGACUGAACUAUUCUAAUCUGUGGUAAUUAAUCUUUAUUUUAAGGUUGUAGAACUUUAGAAUUGUAAAUACAUUUUGUUCUCAUCUAAUGUA